UAUUCCAAACUUAAAAUCUUAAUUGAGACGAAGUAUCAGUGAACAAAUCAAUGGAGUCCUUAAGAGAGAAUAACAUUGAUGAAGAUACGUUUGCGGAGGCCAGCUGGCUGGCGAUGUCAUUGGUGCUUCCAAUGACAAUGCAAGCCGCGGUUGAUCUUGGUGUCCUUGACAUCAUAGCAAAAGCUACUCCGAAACAACUCUCUGCUUCGGACAUAAUUGAACGGUUACCUGCUAAGAACCAGGAAGCGGAAUCAAUGCUGGACAGGAUUCUCCGGCUACUCGCUAGUCACAAUGUGAUUAGCUGUUAUCUGCGCAAUUCCGAAAGAGUUUACAGUUUGUCACGGAUUUCGAGAUUCUUUGUGCGUGACGAGGAUGUAAUAUCACUUGGAGCAUCUAUGUCGUUGAACAAUGACAACGUCUUCUUUCAGAGCUGGUCUCACCUGAAAGAUGCACUUCUUGAAGGAGGAGUUCCAUUUGACAGAGCACAUGGGAUGCAUGCAUUUGAGUAUCCAAAGACUGAUUCAAGGUUUAACAGCCUUUUUAACACAGCAAUGUUAAAUCAUACCACUAUCGUGAUGAAGGAGAUCGUCGCGAAUUACAAAGGAUUCGAGUCACUAAAGCAACUCGUUGAUGUGGGAGGUAACCAAGGGGCGAGUCUACGUGCAAUCAUAUCCAAAUAUCCUCAUAUUAAGGGGAUCAAUUUUGACUUGCCCCACAUAGUCCAAGAUGCCUCACCCCACCCUGGUAUUGAACAUGUUGGGGGAGACAUGUUUGAAAGAGUUCCCCAAGGAGAAGCAAUUUUCAUGAAGGGAAUCCUUCACGACUGGAGUGACAGGCAUUGCAUUCAAUUGUUAAAAAACUGCCACAAAUCCACACCAAAAGAUGGGAAAGUCAUAGUCAUGGAAGCUGUCCUUCCAGUUGUGCCAGAUGAAAGGGCUCCAACAAAAUUCACCCAUCUAUCCGAUGUUAUGAUGAUGACCCAGAAUCCCGGUGGAAAGGAAAGAACGCGAGACGAAUUUAUGGCUUUGGCCACUGCUUCCGGGUUUCGUGGCAUAACAUACGAAUGCUUUCCUUGUAAUUUUUGGGUAAUGGAGUUCUUCAAGUAGAGAUAUUGGAGCAAAGUGCCACCAAUGAAAUGGGUUUUCUGUUGGGCUUUUUCAUGUUAUUGUUGCAAAAAUUAAUAUUACGCUAAUAUUUACCUAUAUUAUCAUGUUAAUGUAUUGGCGUUAUAAU